AUGCAGGGGAUGAAGUGGUUUGGUGGUAUGUGGCUUGGCAGCAGCAGCAGGAGGUGUAGAAGGAGUCGUAGUACUGCUAGUAAUAGCAGUACUUGUAAUGGUGGUGGUGUGCUGCUCCCCUUGGUUCUCCUGGUGGCGGUGAUGCUCCUCGCCGGCCCAGCGGUGGCCCAGAAGCAGCGGCCCAGUGGCGGUGGCAUUUCAGAGAAAGUCCCGGUCCUGAACAUUGCGGUGAUACUGGGCCGCACUCGCUACAUCUCGGACCGGGACAUCCGGGCCUUGUGGAGCAAGGAGGACCCCAUUGAUGUCAACGUGGUCACGCUGCUGGUCAACGAGACGGACCCCAAGAGCAUCAUCACGCACAUGUGCGACCUGAUGUCCGGCACCAAGAUCCAUGGCGUGGUGUUUGGCGAUGGCACCGACCAGGAGGCCAUCGCCCAGAUUUUGGAUUUUAUUUCCUCACAGACGCUCAUUCCGAUCCUCGGCAUCCACGGCGGGUCCUCCAUGAUCAUGGCUGACAAGGAUGUGAAGUCCACAUUUUUCCAGUUCGGUGCCUCCAUCCAGCAGGAGGCUCUGUUGAUGCUUAACAUCAUGGAGGAAUACGACUGGCACAUCUUCUCCAUCGUCACCUCCAAGUUCCCCGGCUACCAGGAGUUCAUCAACAUACUGAAAACCACCGUGGACAACAGUUUUGUGGGCUGGGACCUGCAGAACAUCAUCACGCUGGAUGCCGUGGAGGAGGACAGCCGGUCCCAGAUCAUGCUGAAGAAGGUCCAGUCCCCCGUGGUCGUGCUCUACUGCUCCAAGGAUGAGGCCCUGUACAUACUGGAGGAGGCCCGCUCCCUGGGCCUCACCGGCUUCGGCUACAUCUGGAUCGUGCCCUCCCUGACCACGGGGAACCCGGAGAUAACCCCCGAGGAGUUCCCGUCCGGGAUGAUCUCAGUGUCCUACGACGACUGGGACUACCCGCUUGAGGCGCGGGUCCGGGACGGCCUCGGGAUCAUAACGUCUGCGGCGGCGGCCAUGUUGGAGGAGUACGGCGACAUCCCCGAGGCCAAGACCUCCUGCUACGGUCAGAUGGAGAAGACCAACAAGCUGCCGCCCAGUGCCCUGCACAAGUACAUGAUGAAUGUGACGUGGGACGGCAGAGACCUGUCCUUCACAGAGGAUGGCUACCAAGAAAACCCCAAACUGGUGGUCAUCGUUCUCAACAAGGACAGGGAGUGGGAGAAGAUGGGCAAGCUGGACAACCGCAGUCUGACGUUGAAGUACCCGGUGUGGCCGCGUUUCAACUCGUUCGGUGACGCCGAGCUGGAUGACAACCAUCUGUCCAUCGUCACGCUGGAGGAGAAGCCGUUUGUCAUCGUGGAGGACGUGGAGAGGCUCACCGGCACCUGCAUGAGAAACUCCGUUCCCUGCAGGAAACAUAUCAAAGACAACACGACUGAGGCAGGCGGGACGUACAUCAAGAAGUGCUGCAAAGGCUUCUGCAUCGACAUUCUGAAGAAGAUAGCCAAGUACGUGAAGUUCACCUAUGACCUUUACCUGGUGACCAACGGGAAACACGGCAAAAAGAUCAACAACGUCUGGAACGGGAUGGUGGGAGAGGUGGUCUAUAAGAAAGCCGUCAUGGCCGUCGGUUCGCUGACGAUCAAUGAGGAGCGUUCUGAGGUCAUCGAUUUCUCCGUCCCGUUCGUGGAAACUGGGAUCAGCGUCAUGGUCUCCCGUAGCAACGGGACCGUCUCCCCGUCCGCCUUCCUCGAGCCAUUCAGUGCAUCAGUGUGGGUGAUGAUGUUUGUGAUGCUGUUGCUGGUGACUGCAAUGGCCGUCUUCAUGUUUGAGUACAUCAGUCCACUCGGCUUUAACAGGAACCUGGCACAGGGCAGAGACCCCCACGGUCCCUCCUUCACCAUGGGCAAGGCAGUGUGGCUGCUGUGGGGCUUGGUCUUCAACAACUCCGUGCCGGUACAGAACCCCAAAGGAACCACCAGUAAGUUUAUCGUGUCGGUGUGGGCCUUCUUCGCUGUCAUCUUCCUCGCCUCCUACACUGCCAACCUGGCCGCCUUCAUGAUCCAGGAGGAAUUUGUCGACCAAGUCACCGGGCUGUCGGACAACAAGGAUAAAUUACGAUCUGAUCGAGAGACAAAUGAGUACGCUGCAGAUGAAGAGGAGGAGGAGGAGAGGAAGGCGAAGGAUGAGAAAAGAGGGCAAGAGAGCGCAGAAAAAAAGCACGGAAGAGAGGGAGGAGAUGUGAAGAGAAGCGGGGUGAAGAGGAAGACCAAUCCUCGAAGGGGAAAAGGACGCAAUAAACUGGACGCCUUCAUCUAUGACGCUGCGGUGUUGAACUACAUGGCAGGCAGAGAUGAGGGGUGUAAGCUGGUGACCAUCGGCAGUGGGUACAUCUUCGCUACUACUGGCUACGGCAUUGCGCUGCAGAAAGGCUCCUACUGGAAGCGGCAGGUGGACCUCGCUAUCCUGGCCAUCAUCGGAGAUGGCGAAAUGGAGGAGCUGGAGGCCCAGUGGCUGACAGGAAUCUGCCACAACGAGAAGAACGAGGUGAUGUCCAGCCAGCUGGACGUGGACAACAUGGCGGGGGUCUUCUACAUGCUGGCCACGGCCAUGGGCCUCUCGCUCAUCACCUUCGUCUCCGAGCACCUCUUCUACUGGAGGCUUCGAUACUGUUUCACCGGGGUCUGCACCGGUCAGCCGGGACUCCUGUUCUCCAUCAGCAGGGGAAUCUGGAGUUGUAUUCAUGGUGUCCACAUCGACAUGAAGAAGAAGUCGGAUCUUGACUUUAGCCCCCAGGCCAACAUGCUCAAACUCAUCAAGUCAGCCAAGCAAAUGACCAACAUGUCCACCCUGGGCAGCUCCCGCGUGAACUCCCCCAAACGUGAGUUCAUGCACUCAGCAGGCCCCAUGAUCAUGGAUAUGAUGGCAGAGAAAGGAAACUUCAUCUAUGCUGACAACCGGAGCUACGCCCCCAAAGACAUGAUCUACGGAGAUACAGGAGACCUGCAGUCGUAUUUGGCUAAUCGGCACAAAGACCACCUCAACAACUACAUCUUUCAGGGAGGCCAGCACCCUUUGACACUCAAUGACGCCAACCCCAACACGGUGGAGGUGGCAGUGAGUGCCGACGCAGCCCAGACCAAUGCCAAGCCGCCUCGCACCUUGUGGAAGAAGUCUGUGGAUACGCUCCGCUCGGGUCCAACUGGGGGCCCGCCAAUGCCUGACAUGCUAAUGCCCGACCCUCGCAUGUCAAUGAAGACGCAGCGCUACCUCCCCGAGGACACAGCCCAUUCAGACAUCUCCGACUGUUCUAGCCGGGCGGCCUCCUACAAAGACCCAGAUAACAACAAGCACCUGAAGCCCAAGGACAACUUAAAAAAAAGAUCGGUGACGUCAAAAUACCCCAGGGACUGCAGCGAAGUGGAGCUGACCUACUUAAAGAGUAAGCAGGUCAGCGGAGGAACCAACCAAGCCGGGAGAGGAGGAGGAGAGAAAAUAUACACCAUCGAUUCUGACCGGGAAUUAAGCCUGCACUCUGACCCCAUCCACUAUCGCGAGAGCCGGGGCCUGGCCGUGGAUGACUUGGACUACCCUGAGAUGUACUCCGACCAUAAUGACAACUACAGGAAGUGUGAGCAACCAAUCAUACACUUGAACUCUUCCCCUUUGCACCACACAGACUCUGACCUCCUAUCAGACCCUGCCUAUUCAAAACACUAUAGCCUGAAAGAGAAAAACUUGUCACAGCAUGAGUCCAACGACAGAUACAAACAGACGCACUGCCGAUCCUGCCUAUCUAAGAUGACUUCCGGCUAUCCUGCAACAAGCCCGUACACCCCCAGUGCAACAGCCUCGGCUACACGGUCCCCAUAUAACAGGUGCGAAGCGUGCCUCCAUACGGCCAAUCUCUACGACAUUAGUGAGGACCAGCUCCUUGCGGAUGCCUUGGUCAAUCCCAGCAUGCAUCACCAACAGCAGCAGCAGCCAGACGAGAUGUUCGGGCUGUACUGGCCACAGACAGAUGGGCCGCAUGUCCAGAAAAGAAACCGUCUGAGGCUCAGCCGUCAGCACUCGUUUGACAACAUCAUGCUGGAGAAGCCAAAGGACGUGGACCUGGGACGACCAGCACGCAGCGUCAGCCUCAAAGAAAAGGACCGCUUCCUGGACUCAGCAUCUGACUCGCCCUACGCUAACCUGUUCAGCAUGCGUCCUUACUCUGGAAGACUGUUUGGUACCGGGUCCAAAUCGAUGCUGUUCAACCACAACCUGGAAGAGAGCAAAAGGAGCAAGUCGCUGUACCCGGACCACAGCUCGGAUAACCCGUUCCUCAGCCACUCACUGAGGGAUGACACCAGCAGACUGGUCCAUGGGCGCAGCUCCUCGGAUAUUUACAAACAGCUGGCGGUGGCCUCCCCUGCAGUAGCCCUCGGGGCGGCCCCCAUUAAAACGCGCAACGACGCGAACAAUCUCCGCUCCUCGGUCAAGUCCACCACUUCUUACUGUUCCCGAGAUGGGCGAAUAGCCAAUGACAUGUACAAUACAGAGCAUGUGAUGCCUUACUCAGCCAAUAAGACUAGCGCAUACCCAGCCCCCCGUGGUGUCCUAAACACAGCCCAGUUCAGCAAUAGACGGGUGUACAAGAAAAUCCCCAGUCUGGAGUCAGACGUUUAG